CAGAUAUUCAUAUCAAUUUUAUCCCAAUCCCGAAGACAAUCUUUAAGAUUCUUGUACUUGUCCAAAAAUUAGUUUUCGUCCAUCUAUAACUCAUCCACAAUGCCUUUCACUGCAAGCGACAUUUGCAAGAUCAUUCUUGCCGUCAUCCUUCCCCCUCUUGGCGUCUUCCUUGAGCGUGGCUGCGGUGCCGACUUAUUGAUCAACAUCCUCUUGACAAUUCUUGGUUAUAUUCCCGGAAUUAUUCACGCUUUAUAUAUCAUCUUAAAGUAUUAAGUCGACCACGACGACAUUUACUCUCGAAUCCGAAAUCUCAUCCUCUGGCGAUGCCCGACUCACAUAAUCUUCGCCAAUUUUCUACGCUUCCAUUGACAUAACGGCGUUUAGCGUAGCGUCAUCUUCCACAGAAUUUCUUGGCACGGCAUGUUCGGCUUUUUGGGUAUCUCCUCAGCACUCGACUAAUAUCCUGGUUGGCUGCAUGUUGGCAGGGGGCUUGAAUGUUGGACACAUGGGAUUUUCUGCGGUCAUGAUUCAUAACGGGAGGAUUGGGUUUUCUUGCAUGUCUUUCUCAUCGGACUUCUCGUUUCUGGCCGGCAGGUCUACGGACUGCGGUCUAUUUUGGGGUUAGACGGUCGUGUACAUGAUAAUUAAUUAAGUCAAGAGAUUCUCGACACCCCAGACAAUCAAUUCCAAAUUGAGUUUCGUGA